AUGCACCUCAAACGAAAUGACCCUAAACCACUGAUUGAUCCUAAUCGCCUAACUCUCAUUGGAUUCAGAUUUUGCCCUUAUGUUGAUCGCGUCAGACUAAUACUGAGUUAUUACAAGAUUGAUUAUGAUCUUAUCAAUAUUUCAUUGGCUUCAAAACCUGAAUGGUUUUUAGAAAUGUAUCCAACUGGCAAAGUUCCAUUAUUAUUAUUACCAAAUGAACAAAAAUUACCAGAAUCUGAUGAGAUUAUACGUCAUAUAGAUAAAUUAUAUGGUUCUGAAACUUUAUUAUCCCAUUGUGGUAUUGAAGAAUUUGAUAAAGCUAAAGAACUUAUUACUGGUAUAUCGAGACCAAGUUAUAUGAUUACGUGUAUGCCUGAAAUAAAUCUAUGUGAUGUAUCAUUGUAUCGAGCAGCAUGCAAUAAGAUAAAUGACGCUAUCAAAGGUCCAUAUUUUACUGGUCCUGAAUUAAGUCUAGCCGAUUUGAUCUUAUUCCCACAUUUGCAUCGAUUUGAAGUAGUUAUGGGUCGAAUAACCGCCAGAUGAAAUUUCCGGAUUGUGCAUUGGUGUAUUCUCACUAUGCAUUUAAAUGCGUAGGUUGCAUGGAGUGGUGCAAAACAUUUCGUCAACUAUGAAUGACUUCAGUCAAACGUUACAGAAAAUGUCAACAGCCAUUUCGGAUUUGAGUAUUAAUGUAAAGCAAUUGCUUUCAACGUCUAAUGAGCGCGAAAAACCGUAUCAAUUCGACUGCGGACUCUCAAGUCAGCAGUUCCCUUUGUCAUCUGAAGAGGAACCGCAGAUGCUGGAGGCAGGUUUGCAGCAGAAAGAACCCAUGGACCGACUUAUGGCAAUGGUUACCAGGC